AUGUUUCUGCCACUUCAGAUAUGCCACAAAACCUCUCGGGUGUCCGUCCCAAUACCCAUUAGUGCAUAUGGCGAAGCCAGUGUCCUUCGAGAUCAGUAUCUUGAGACACUGGGGGAAGUAGAGACCCUAGAGUCCUCUUCUAGUCAGCUCACCGUUAUCGAGCUCGUUGCCCAGUUCCUCGAGUUCUGUCUCGGUGUCGGCAGAUCCGCAGAGCCCGUCGCCCGCUCCCUCCUAGACUACUUUGAGUUCGAGUGCAUCGGCUCUCAAAAUGUACACACGCUCGUCUGCGGUCUCCAGCUCAACGAAACGGCGAAGCUAGCGCUGCUACGCACAUUUUACGCCGCAAAGGAAGCAAUUCCACGCCUAAUUCAACGACCGACGACGUCUGCUGUGCUCAAAGCGGCAGCCGAUGGAUCCGUUGGCUUGUUUGCGGUUCUAGGUGGGCAGGGAAUCACAAAUAAGUACUUUAAGGAGCUGAAGCAGCUCAAUGACACGUACGAUGGCUUCUUGUACAACCUGUUCAACGCGUCAACGAAACUCCUCAGUAAGCUAUCAAAAGCACCGGCGGGAGAUGAUGAGAUGCUUCCACAUCGUCCGACAAUCAGCAUUUUGGAGUGGCUCCACCAUCCAGAUACCGCUCCGGCAGAUAUGACGACGCCGAGUGUCAGCUUUCCGCUCAUCGGCCUUAUCCAGCUGUCACGCGUUGCCGUCAUCUGUCGCACUCUCGGAUUGACCCCGGGACAACUUAUCGCGAACUUCCGUGGGAUAUCAGGUCACAGCCAUAGCAUAAUUACUGCGGCUGCUAUUGCAUCUUCGGACUCGUGGGAGUCGUUUCAUAGCAACGCUUUGGGUGCACUUCAAGUCCUUUACUACAUUGGCUUAAGGACCCAGGAGGUCUUUUCGACAGAGACAGUUAAUCCCAAGGCUAUCUACGACUCACUCGCUCAUGAUGAGGGACAUCCGUCUCCCAUGCUCAGUAUCUGUGGCCUAGGCCAUAACCAACUACAGGAUAUUGUCGCGGAGCUCAACUCCUAUCUCCCAAGCCAUGCUCGUGUCCAGAUGGCAUUCGCAAAUGGCCGAGAUGACUUUGUCUUUGCGGGACCUCCCUCGACUCUUUAUGCCCUGAACAAAAAACUGAGGCCUCUCAGGGCCGUCUCAGGGGAUGACGAGGUGCGAACUCCAUUCUCCAAGAGGAAGAAGCAGUUUUCUUGCCAGUUCCUCUCCAUUUGCGCACCUUUGCAUAGUAGCCAUCUUGAUGCCGUCGUCGAAAAGAUCUCCUCCGAUCUUGAGGGUGUGGUGAUGCACCCGGCCAACCUUUUUAUACCCGUCUAUGACACCUCCGACGGACUUGAUGUUAGAUGGAGGAGUCAGGAAGCCCAGAAUCUGAUUCCCGCUUUGGUACGCAUGGUUUGCUCCCAACGGGUUGAAUGGGAAAAGAGCACCGCGUUUCCAGGCUGCACUCAUAUCAUUGACUUCGGUCCCGCUGGGAGUAGUGGCAUCGGCGGCUUGACUGCUAGAAAUAAGCAGGGGCGUGGCGUACGAAUUCUCAGUGCUGGCUCGCUCACGUCUAACGAUCCUGAGAUCGGUUGCUUGAUGGAAAUCUUCGACUGCGGUAGCCUAAUCACCUACAACCCUAACUGGGCAGCUUCAUAUCAACCGAAGCUGGUCAAGAACUCGGUACAGGAGACGUUCGUCAACACCCGUCUCAGCCGACUCCUCGGCCUCCCACCCAUCAUUAUUGGCGGGAUGACGCCCACAACUAUGCACGUUGAUUUCGUUUCAUCGGCAAUGAGAGCCGGAUUUCAUAUCGAGUUCGCCGGCGGUGGCUACCACGACGAAGCCAUCAUGGACGCAGCGCUGCGAAAGCUAGCCGACGAAUGUCCUCCUGGGCGCGGUAUCACCGUCAAUCUACUCCCCCUGAACCCGAGGUCUCUCGCCUGGCAGAUCCGUACAAUUCGACGCCUGCGGCUCGAGAGCAUCAACAUUGAUGGCGUCUCGAUCGGGGCUGGCGUUCCUGAGACGGAGAUCGUGGCGGAGUUCAUAGGUCUUGGGAUCCGGCACGUAUCAUUCAAGCCGAAUUCCGAGGAGGCCAUCGAGGCUGUACUCAACAUCGCGAAGGCAAAUCCGGGCUUUCCUGUUAUCUUGCAGUGGACAGGUAGUCGUGGUGACGGUGGCCACUCGUGCGAGGACUUCCACGACCCUAUCCUGCGGACGUACAGCAGGAUCCGCGCGUUGGCUAAUGUCAUUCUCGUAGCUGGGAGCGGCUUUGGAGAUCCCAGCGGCAUCGACACGCUACCGUAUCUUGACGGAUCAUGGAGCGAAACCUUUGGCCAUGCUCCCAUGCCCUUCGAUGGUAUCCUCUACGGCAGCAGCAUGAUGGUUGCUCGGGAAGCCCACACAUCCCGAAAGGCCAAGACCGCUAUAGCAGCGGCGCGUGGUGUCCAGAAUCAUCAGUGGGAGGGUACGAUGAGCUCACGCAGCGGUGCCGGCUCGAUUCUGAGGGUCACUUCCGAGAUGGGCCAGCCUAUCCAUGUUGUCGCUACCCGCGGGGCCCAGUUCUGGGCCGAGCUCGACCGAGACAUCUUCAGCAAGCCUCGUGGUCAGCGGCUAGUCGUUCUGGUGAGCAAGAAGAACUACAUCAUCGACAGGUUGAAUCGCGAUUUUCAAAAAGUUUGGUUUGGAUUGAGCGAAGGCAGACCUGUCGAUCUUGGCGACAUGACAUACUUGGAAGUCACAUCGCGCUUACUCCAGCUACUCUAUCGCCCGAGUAAAGGAGGAUGUCAUCGCUGGGUAGACCUGUCAUAUCUGGCUCUUGUGUCUGACUUUUGCCGUCGCCUCGUGUCCCGAUUCCUACAUGUAGGUUCUGGGAGCCAGCGAGUGUCGGAUCUGAAUGAAUAUCAUACACUGGCGAAUCGACCGCAUGAAUACCUUUCCAAGCUGUCAGAGCUCUGCCCUGGAGCAGGUCGACGCUUGCUCUCUGUCGAAGAUGUAGAGCAUUUUCUCAGUCUAUGUCUCCAGGCAGGGCAGAAACCGGUUCCUUUCAUCCCGGUUCUGGACGACAAUUUCGAAACAUACUGCAAGAAAGACUCGUUCUGGCAAUUCGAGGAUUCCGAGGCGCUGGUCGAUGGUGACGUUGAACGUACUCUCAUUCCCCAAGGACCAGUGGCCGCGGCAUUUUCCACUUCGGAGACCAUCAAUCGACCCAUCUGUGAGAUGCUUUGCGGUAUCAACUUUGGCAUGAUUGAUGGAAUUCUCAAAGCUGAUUACGGGAGCAAUGCCGAUGCGAUUCCAGUCAUUGAAUCAUUCGGCGGUGCCGCCGAGCUGCCUCCGGUACAGAUCCCACCUGGUGUCGUGUCAACCAGAGAUCCCAAGGGCAUCACAUACCAUAUUCUUCCGUACCCAGACAUCGAGCCACCUACGACAGACGUCUGGUGUCGAUUUCUUGCAGGCACAGAGCGGUCAUGGCGCUAUGCUCUCUUGAAUACCGAGUCAGUGGUCUCGGGCAACCACCGCUUCCUACCGAACGCCAUGAGACAUCUAUUGAAGCCGGUAUCAGGCUUCAAGUUCAAGUUGUCUUUGCCAAAUUCAUCCGAACGCACCAAAAUCUCGAUUCUUGACAAACAGAACGAACUCGUUGCCGAGAUCGGCCUCGAGUCCCCAUCAUCUCGGAUCAUUCUGGUUGGCAUAAUCAACCGGAAGACAGUCACGGGACGUCCCGCCUGUCUGAACCUGAGGUUCCAAUACCACCCCGAGACAGGGUACGCCCCUAUUCGAGAAUGCCAGGAGGGAAAGAGCGAUUCUAUCAGAGCAUUCUUUUGGCGAACCUGGAUUGGCCAUGGGGCGAUGCCGGCAGCGAACGGGGAAUCGAGCCCUGAAGAGAUUGCAGCCAUCACUUUCACUGGCGAUGACACGACAAUUACCCGCGGGAUGAUCCAGGAGUUUGUGGCUAUUUCGGGAGGCAUAGCGGCACCAGUGAGCAAGAGCGGUAUCUGGACUGUGCCUUUGGAUUUUGCAAUCAUUCUCGGUUGGAAGGCUAUCGUCCAACCAAUGUGUUCGGGCAUCGUUGACGGCGACCUUUCUAGACUGGUGCACCUCUCAAAUAGGUUCAAGUCUCUUGGCUCCGUAUUACGAGAGGGAGAUACCGUUGCGAGUCAAUCUUCUAUUGUCUCCAUCCGUAACCAACCCAAGGGAAAGAUUGUGAGUAUCAGAUGUAUCAUCACACGCAAGGAAUCGCCGAUGAUAGAAGUCUUAUCCCGGUUCUUGAUUCGUGGCAAGUUCCAAGAUCAUCAUAGGACAUUCGAGACCUGUGCUCUACCGACCACCCAGGUUCACCUCAGAAAUGCUACAGAUGCGGCCGUCCUCUCCUCCAGGAGUUUCAUUACCCUCGAUCAGAGCGUCAAUCUCACACUCUUCGACGGUCUCAAGGUGAACUUUCACUUGGAGACUUUGACACAUUUCAAAGAUGAAAACACCGUCAGCUCAAUCCAUACGUUCGGAGCCUUACACGCUGUCACCAAGGACGGGGAACAAACAAUCGGAGCCGUUGACUCGCUGUCAGCCGGCUCGCAAAGCUCACCCAUCCAAAGCUAUCUGCAGAGAAAAGGCAGGAUCUUAGGAGCCUCGGUUGCACUAGAGAACCCCAUGCAACUCAACAGCGAACCAGUUAUUCUCCCUUUUACACCCAUCCCAGAAGCGUACGCCCGCAUGUCAGGCGAAUUCAACCCGAUCCAUGUUUCAGAGAGCUUCGCGGCGUACUGUGGCCUCUCCGGGACCAUCGUUCCGGCCAUGUGGAUAAGCGCGACAGUACACGCGGCCCUCAACCGCUGGUACGGGGGCAAAGGGAGAACUCAUGCUUAUCAGGUUUCCUUCGUCGGCACGGUGUCACCAGGGAACAGCAUCGCCGUGAAGCUGCGUCAUGUCGCCAUGUUAUCGGGCCGCAAGGUGAUUGAGCUUGAGGCAGUCCUCGCCGGGACUGACGACGUCGUCCUCACAGCGGAGGCAGAGAUAGAGGAGCCACGCACCGCAUACGUGUUCACAGGGCAGGGUUCGCAGGAGGUAAGUAUGGGGAUGGAUCUUUUCGAAUCCAGCCCCAGUGCGAGAGAGGUAUGGGACAAAGCCGACCAAUAUUUCGAGUCGAAUUUUGGUUUCCUGCUGAGCGCCAUUGUCCGCGAGAACCCCAAAGAACUGACAGUUUACUUCCACGGCCGCCGGGGCCGCAUCCUGCGCCAAAAAUACAUCGACAUGGCACUCAAGAGCCCAGACGGUACCGCACAUAAACUCUUUGCUGGAAUCAGCAAGACGACCAAAUCUUACACCUUCCGUCACCCAGAUGGCCUCAUCUUCGCGAGCGAGUUCGCGCAGCCCGCCCUGGCUGUGUCUUCCAAGGCGCGGUUUGCGGACCUGGCCGCGCACGAGCUAGUUCCCACCCCCUUGGAUAGCGACAACGGCAACGGUCCCCUCUUCGCGGGCCAUUCCCUGGGCGAGUAUGCCGCGCUGUCGACAAUGGGCGACGCCAUGUCCACCGAGGAGCUUGCGGCCAUUACGUGGUACCGCGGACUCCUUAUGCAGCCUUCGAUGCACCAUGACGCUGAGAGGCAGUUGCCGUAUGCCAUGGUCGCUGUCAACCCGUCCAAGGUGCGGUCAGAAGGAGGCUUCACCGAGGAUGACCUGCACGCUGUCGUCCAGAGCGUUAGCUCUCGCACGAGUGAGUUCCUUGAAAUCGUCAGCUACGACGUUGUCAACGUACAGUUCGUCUGCUCGGGAACUAAACGUGCGUUGGCGCUGUUCAUCGACGUUCUAGAGGCCGCGGCGUCAUGGGACGUGGAGGCUGCUGUUGAGACGUGUGCUUCCAAGCUCGUUGCGUAUGAAGGCCAGAACAGUGGCCCCUUGGAGCUCCGGCAGACGCAGUUUGCUAAGCCGUUAAAGGGCGGUGAUGCCCUGUUUCAUUCGUCACUUUUGCGCCGUGACGUUGACGCGUAUCGUGAGUUUUUGACAGAUACUUUGAGCAAGCAGUCAGUGAAGCCGGAGAAGCUGAUUGGUCACUGGGUUCCAAAUGUGACGGGACGGGUAUUUGGGAUCUCGAAAGAAGACGUUGAACAGGUUUACCAGUUGACUGGUUCGAAGGUGUUGUUACCGCUAUUAGAGAGUUGA